AUGAGCUAUUACUACGGAAACUACUCUGGCGGCCUGGGCUGUGGCUAUGGCUGUGGCUAUGGCUCCUUCCGAGGCCUGGGCUGUGGCUAUGGCUCUGGUUAUGGUGGCUACAGAUACAGCUGCUACCGCCCCUGUUGCUAUGAAAGAUAUUGGUCCUCUGGCUUCUACUGA